ACGCCCGCGUCCGGUGUUGACGGCGUGCUGAAGCCUCGCGCUCUAUUGUUGUGCAGUGACAGCGCCGCGCGCCGUGCGCAGAUAAAAGGAAACAGAAACGGAUUAAAACGCCGCGCGAGCACAGGUGAGUGGCGGUUUACACCUUCACACCUGUUUGACUCCUGCUCGCGGUGUGUUUCCGGGGUGUGAGCGUUAGCCGCUGGGCUAGCGGAGCUCCGGGUUUAAUGGGGUUACUGCGCCCGUAAAGCGGCGACACAGCGGCGCAUUCGCUCUGGUAAUGCGGGGAAACGCAACCUGAAGCCCCUCAGACGUGCUGGGACGAUGCGGCUCCACUGAGUGUUCAGGGUGGUGGUCAGCGCGUCUGAGUGUGAGGCUGGACAGGAUGUGAAGACUUCAUUAACCUUUGACCUCUCCCCAUCCUGAGGUUUGGGUGUUAAUGAGGAGCUCCGCCCUCCUCCACCCGGCCAGCCAAUCAGGAUGUUCGAGGUGAAACCGAUGAGCACAGAGAAGAAAGAGUCUGCAGCGGGAACAGAUGAUGGUGGUAAGGUGUGCGGUGAUGGAAGCUCCUCUGCAGGUGACCCUGUGUAUCUGUAUGAAGGUCAGGACUGGGCCAUCACUCCUGAAGAAACCAGCGCCAUCUCUCCGCUGCUGGCUGAGGAAACCUUCCGCUACAUGACUUUUCUGGCUCUGGAACCCUCCUCCCUCUCUCACUCCGGCUCCCACAGCCUCUCCAAAGUCCUCAGUGCUGACCGGGUGGAGCAGAUGACCAAAACCUACAAUGACAUUGAGGUCGUCACUCACCUGUUAGCUGAGCGAGAUCGGGAUCUGGAGCUGGCUGCUCGGAUUGGUCAGUCUCUGCUGCAGAGAAACCAUGUGCUGCAGGAACGUAAUGAGAAUGUGGAGGAGCAGCUAGCGCAGGCUCUAGAUCAGGUGCACCAGCUGCAGCAUGAGCUAUGCAAGAAGGAUGAGUUGUUGCGGAUGGUGGCGAGCGCGAGUGAGGAGAGCGAGACGGACUCCAGCUGCUCCACCCCACUGCACCCCCCACCGCCUGCAGGGAGCGCUCUCACACUCAGCCAUCUGGAGGCGAUGCAGAGCAAGCUGCAGGAGCUGGAGGAGGAGAACCUGGUGCUGCGGCAGGAGGCCAGUCAUUUGAAGAAGGAAACCAUCACAUACGAGGAGAAAGAGCAGCAGCUGGUCAGCGACUGCGUUAAAGAGCUACGUGAGUCAAACAGUCAGAUGGUCACUCUGACUGAGGAACUUUCCCAGAAGAACGAGGAUCUGCUGAGACAUCAGGAGGAAAUCGCCCAGCUACUGUCGCAGAUCGUGGAGCUCCAGCACAGGGUCAAAGAGUUGGCACUGGAGAAAGAGGAGCUGAGGAUUCACCUACAAGCCUCGAAGGAAGCACAGCGGCAACUAACAGCUGAGCUGAAGGAGCUGUCGGACAGGAAUGUGGAGUGUGUAGGGAUGCUGCACGAGUCUCAGGAGGAGAUCAAAGAGCUGCGCAGUAAACACACCCCGUCAGCCGGACUGCGCAGACACCUGUCGUACGGACACUAUCCUAUGGACUCCCUGGCGGCGGAGAUUGAGGGCACUAUGAGGCGAGAGCUGAGUGUGGACGAGGAGGUGGCCUUUCAGGAUCAGAGGUCGGCCCAUAAGCGUGUGUUCCAGACGGUGCGGAGUGUGAACGAGACGGUGGUGCGAGCAGCUGCAGCGGCGCCCCCUAUUCCCGGCUCCGGACACAGCAGUGUGGUGAUGACAGCACAGCCCUUCCGUUCUCACACACGCACGCCGCAGGAGGCAGAGACACAGCCAGACGCGGCCAAGUGUGAUUCUCGACUGGGUCUGCCGGGUUGUCCAGGAGGAAGUGACCUCGUCUCCGCGCUGCACCGUCUUUCUCUGCGCAGACAGAACUUCCUGUGCGAGCGGCAGUACUUCCAGGCAGAGCGGGACCGGAAGCUGCAGGAGCUGGCGGGGGUGGAGUCUGAGGGGGGUGGGAGUGGCUGCAGUUCACCAAUGGGAAGCGUUCUGUCCUCCUUCACCAACCUAUCAGAGUUCUCCGUUUCCUCCAGCUGCUUCAAAACCUUCCUGCCAGAGAAACUGCAGAUAGUCAAACCGAUGGAAGGCUCUCUGACUCUGCAUCACUGGCAGCAGCUGGCGAAGCCCCAUUUGGCCACUAUCCUGGACCCCCACCCUGGUGUGGUCACCAAAGGCUUCCGUCCACUGCCGCAUGACGCCGUCUACCAUCUGACAGACCUGGAAGAGGACGAGGAGCACGAGAGAGCCCCUUGGGAGGACAGGAGAGAGAAAAGAGGGACAGGAGAUGAAAGGAGGAAGAUGGGACAGGUGGAGGAGGAAGAGGACGAGGAAGGAGGGAUUACCUUCAAUGUCCAGUCAUCUUCCACUCCAGAGGAGAAGAGAGAGAGGAGAAGUGUCCUCACGCCAGUGAGGGGUCCACCCCAUUCACCGACUCUGACAUGCUCUCCUGUUGCAGUGGCAACCGCCAUCUCCUUAACCACGACACCUGGCCUGGUGAUGACCUCUGGCACCUUGGUAACCUCGGCACCUGCAGGGUCAUCAGCAGGGUCAACGCUUCCAAGCCUGAAUAUCAAUACAACAGCACCCUCUGCAGCAGUGAAUCCUGGGAAAUGUCAGAGCUCCACCUUCUCAACCUACACCUUCACCACCUGCAGGAUCCUACACCCCAGUGAUGUCACGCAGGUGACACCUAGCUCUGCCUGUAGUCCGUCUGUGUGUGCAUACACCCCUAGUUCCCUCCGGACUGGUCCCAGUACACCGGUCACUCCGUGCAGGCUCAGUCUGGGUGACUCUUUCCCUCCUCGUCGUCCUGCAGCUCUGCCUGGUGGUCUGGCUAAACUCCUGCUGGAGAAAGGCAUCUCAGCUCAAGGAGCUCCAGCUCCUUCCAAUCUGCCCAAGCCCAAGCCCAAGCCCCUGCGCCUCCUGCCAAAUACCCCCCCUAACUCCCCCUCCCAGUCCCCCUGCCCCUCUCCUGUCCACUUUGAGUCCAGAACCGGCCCCUCUGACAAUUUUUUGGCAUCGCGGCCUGCUGAGCUGUUCUUGCAGGAUGUUUACGGUGUAAAACUCGGCCGCGCCCCCAGACCUGACCUUCCCAGUCCUGACCCCGCCCCCACUGAGCAACCGUCCAGUCAUGAUCGCCACAGCGGCAAUCUUGUGGAACGUCUGCGGAAGCUGGGACUGGACAAAAAAGUGCUACAUGGCGCGGAGUCAGACACUCAUCGCCAGGACAACGCCACUUUCCUCGCCACAGGCGGAGGAAGCCUUUUGGAUGGGUUAAGGCGGAACCAAAGUCUCCCUGCUAUGAUUGGUCGACGAAGCACAUCUGCCUCUAGCCCCUCCCAUCCUGUCCCACCCCCACAUCCCACUUCCCUUAACUUACCUACCCCCCCUUGGGGUAACUUGAAGCCUAACCGCAGACAUGCCUCGCUCUCUCAGGCCACUCCUCUUCCACACAAACACUAAAGUAAGUGGGCGGGCCUUGGACAGUGAUUGUAAUUGCUGUCUCCAUGCUCCGCCCACACAUUUGUUUUCAUAGCUACGUGGUUAGGAGCGACAGGCUUUAUAGAGCGCCAGCUAAACUCCCAUUGAACCUCAUUAGAAAAUGUAGCACAGAGCUAAAACUUCUUCAGUGAGGCACUAAAAUGUUUCAGAGCCGCUGCGUAAUGUUGAGCUUUCAUUCAGAAGCUACUGGACUAGACGGUUGUUGUAGCUGGUCAAACUGUUUGGACUCAGAAAAUGGAUUUGAGACUUUAAAUCAAACUGUAGGUGUUUGAUAUUUCCUGUGCUGUGAGGUUUCUUAUUGGGUUAAAUGGAUUUUUCUGGAAAGCUUGUUCAACCUCACUAUGAAAGACGAGUGUGUGGGCGUGGCUUGGGCGUGUCAGCUUGCUGGAGUCGUGUUUGGGCGCCUGUCCUGCACUAACUGAAUAACCUGUGACUUCCUAAUUCAGCCCUUUUCUUGCCUCCUGAUGAACUAACGGUAAACUGUAAAGCGUGGAGAAGAUGAGACGGCGCUCCUUUGCUUGUUGUUUAAAGCACAGUAAUGUGAGUAAACGUAGCGCCUCGUGAUUGUGGUGCAUCAGUGGCGGAUUUUGAAGGCCUUGAUUAUUUAUAUAAAGGGAAAGGAGACUCUUUUGUUGUUUUUCCCUUAAUUUCUCCAGUUUAUUCCGGUUCCUUUCACCUUUAACCUUUAAAAGUCAGUGUUUUAACCUUUGCCUUAGCCUCGCACGAUGUUUCUUUUGAUCUGUCCAUUUUCCCGUGAGGCUCUGCAGGCUCUGGGAAGCAGGUGGAGGAAGAAGACGGGAAGUCGGUCAGGGAUAGAGCAGGUAGGGUGAAGUGAGCGUAAGGAAAAGUAGGUGCGUCUCAGAGUGCAGCAGCGUGAGCUGUAGGUGGGAUAGACUGUGGAGGGUUUGGGGAAGUUGGUCAGGGACCCCUAAUAACAGGUCAGAUGCUUGUCCUGUAUCGAUUCGUAUUUAAUGGGAAUUCUCCACUUACAGUCAUAUGCAAAAGUUUGGGCGCCCUGGUCAAGUAACGUUUUGCUCAUUUCCAGUUGAGAAUAAGACGUUUACAGAGAACACACUCCUCCUCUCAGCACAGUUCAUGUUUAUUUACUCAAUUUCAUGUAUUGAGAAUAAAAAAAAAAACAAAAUUCAAACAAAAAAUGUUUCGCUCUCCAGUGUGUUAGAAAUUCUCUACUAAAAUGUUCAUAAACCAUAUUUCAGAUCCCUGUAGAUCAGCAGUACGGCUGGUCUAACAGGGGUGUAUAAACAUUUGCGUAUGACUGCUUUAGUUUCCCUCGUUCUGGUUUUAGUGAGGAGUAGUGGAGCUCGUUCAGUAGUUAUUAUUAUUUUAAUAAGAAGUUGUUUAAUAUAAUAACAUUAAAUGUGGUCAUAUUACUCAAGCUGUGCAUCGUAGCAAACUUAAGAUAAAUAAACAAACGUGCAUGUUAAUGAGGGGAAAUCCAGCAGUGUGCUUCUGUAGGGUUGAGAAUCAGGUAGAUGGAGAUGAAGGUGGAGCAGGAAAGUGAAUUAAAGGUGAUGGAAAGUAAUAAAGAUUGAUGCAGAAUGGAGGGUCGAGCGUGCAGAGCCUCAGCAAACGGACUCGUCUUUCUUUCCUCUGGACUUCAGCCGUCUGUGCUUUACUGUAAACUAGCCAGUUAUGCUUUACCUUCAGGCACUACUGACCCACCAGUUGUUUGAGCUAUUUUCCGAGUAAUAACUGCCGUAUCUGUCCAGUUGCUGUUACCCGUUUCCUUAUAAAUGACCAGAGAUCAUUACGGACUGCAACUCCCAGCAUGCAUUUCCGCCUCCUGUUGUCAGUUGUAAUACGGGCUGACUGGUUUUGUUGUUUCUCAGGAUUCUCUUUUAUGAGGGAGACGUUUUGUUGUUAUUUGCCAUGUGUUUUGGCGUUCAGGGCCGUUCGGAAGGGAUUAUAUGUUUAUGAGGAAGACGAUAGUCGGUUGAAGAUGAAAGAAAAGCUCACGCUUCUGUGGUUUUAAACUCAAAGGGAAUCAUCAUACGUUCCUCUCAUCUAUACAAGUCCCUCAUAUUCCUGAUCAAAUAUAGAGGAAUCUAGAAUCACCCAGGCUGUUGGACCACCCAUGUGCUGAGUGGACCUGAUUCCUCGAAUUCUGACCCCUGAGCGAAUUAAAACCAUCCCGCUUCCCAUUUAAAGCACUUUUUCAUUUUAACCCACUAAACCACGUUAUGAGUUGGAGUUCGGAGUUCACCCCAUGUAUACCAGUAUAAGAUUAAAGGUCUAACGUAAGUCAUAUGAAGUAACCUUAUUUAGCACCAUUUCAUUUAGCGGAGCUUUUUAAUGUGUCGCUCAUUAGUUCUCGUUUUGUGGCUCGUCGCCGGAGUUUAAAGGGUUAAAGGGGAUUUUCUUAUAAGCUGUUGUUCAAACCAAAAUGAUUUGUAAAAUGAAUGUGUUGUUUGUUUGUUUGUUUGUUUGUUUGUUUGUUUGUUUGUUUGUUAAUGUAAGCGGACCUGCUUUUUUGUGCUGUUGUAAUAGCCAUACAGCGGAGCAGCGCUGGAUUGUGGGCCAGAAGGGAAGUGGAGGGGUGGAGUAGAUGUUGUCAGAAAGGUUGGUGUGACGGACCGCAGAGCAAACUAAGCUCUUCUCACAUUCUGUAGGUUUGUGUUUAUUAAUUAUUAUCAGCAGCACUGAUGUUGAUCCAAAUAUCGUAAAGAAGCAAGCAUGAUUUAAUCGGGACGCGGCCAAAGUUUGACGUUAUCUGCUUCGUUGAAGCCACCAGCUUCUGCAUCUCUCACAUCAGCCUUUCUUCUGUCUCUCAGGGUUAAGGACUGGCACAUAGAGAUGAAGUCACCACCCGUAGUUUUUGUGCCAAGCAUUGAUUAGUGUAGAGAUAGACGGCCUUUGUGUCCGUAGCUGAUUCCCUGUUAAACCCCAUCAGUGCCAUUCUGUUGCUUCUUUUUUAAUAAAAUAAUCAAAAUCAA